GGCUCGUCUGUGUGGCGAGCGAGGGUCACUCAAAGCUCGUAAGCUUUGUGCUUGCGAAAAUCGGGGCUGUAAAAACGAUGACUCUAACCGAAAAGCUAUUUGGGAUUCUUGUCUCGCGAGUUAGUGCCGAGAUAAAGGAAAAGAGUUUAAGAUAACUCACAUUGACUGUCAACCUGGACUAAUUAAUUUAAUGGAUUUUAUCAAGUAGGGAUUAACACAUAAUUUUAUAUUUGUGAUCGGAAUCAAAAUUUGAAAAUAAUGGGCUGGGUUCUUACCAGUGUAGGAGCUGCUUUAGCUAUUAUUCUUAUUGCUGGUGUAGCGCUUGUACUCUGCAAAAAAGCCCUUUACCUGAAUAGAUACUUCAUUAGUUGGCAAUGCGGAGUAAGAAAUAUUUGGAGCAUUUGUGAAGAAUGGAGGCAAAGAUUAUCAUGGUUGUGGGCGCCGAGAGAAGAAAAGGUUGGUCUCGUGAAAGCACAGCACCCUACUGCUCAAGCUGUGCCAGGUAUAUAUCGCAAAAAUGGAAGUGCAUCGCAUCAUUUAUUACACAGUGACAGUGACCUCAAACUUGAUGCUCAAGGAUCGUUCACAAGAUUUGAAGCAGUCGACAGAGAUCUUCAUCCACCUUUGGGAACUGGAACUGCGAUACCUCCGCAACCAUUAAGACCAGCUCCACAACCGAGACCAAUUUCUCGUCCUAGGCCUUCACCUCUUCAUGCUACAAAUACUAUAGAUUACCUCAGAAUGCAAGAAUCAAAUCUUGGUCCGCUAACUCCUCCUCCCUUUAUAUCAAAUGUUCCUCCCUCACAUGCCACAGAGCCUUCCGUAUUUCUCUUCCAAAAUGAACAUAUUAAUGGUUAUGAAGAACAAAUGAGAUCAGAAUUUGAGAAUUACACUCCUUUUAAACCUAAUGAGCAAUGUAAAAUAGCCUUUGACACAUAUGCGUGCAGAAAUUUACCAGGCAACAUUCAAAUGGCUGUGUAUGCAGUUCAAAAUCAGUCUGACUUGAGGCCUACCAAUUUUGAUCACAGAUAUAAUAUUGAUGUUCAAAAAGAUCGGAGAAAAGAAGUAUCAACUGUUGAAAAUAGUACCUAUAGACAAUAUGAUCACGUUGAUGAACCUGCAAAGAUUAGAUAUAGUGUUGAAGGAGCACCAAUUACAGAGCACGAGUUGAAUUUGGAAUAUGAUGAUCACGAUCAUUUUUGUCGAGGACCACGGCCAUAUGGUAGUUAUGAUAUAGUACAAAGAAAUAAUACAGCGCGGCAACAUUUAAAAAACGACUCUAGAGGAUUAAACAGUGAUUUUGAGUCACAAAACUGUUCUAAUAAUACAACACAGCUGAUCAUGGAUUCAAUGUACAGGUCACAAAACGUUUCAAAGAUUUUACAGAAUGCUCAGGAUUUAUCUAACAACUUGACUCAGAAAAUGAGCAAAAUGCAAAGCAUCGAGAUGAUUCCCUUUCGAAAUAGCAAGACUAUCGAUAAGAAUUCCCUUGGGAAUUAUAGUUUACAAAGUUGUCCUACGAAGUUACAAGGUUUACAACGAGUGUCACAGUACAUUCAAAGUCUACCAGAUCGAUCUACCUAUGAAAUGACACAUAACCAGCUCACCCAUCACGAGCAUGAUGAACUUUUCUUAAAUAUUGAAUCGUUGCCUUCACCGAAUGAAGUCGUAGAUAAUGCUUCUAGUCCAGUGCCACCACCUGCUCCACCUGAUCCAUCGAAUUCUGAAUCAAGAUUGAGAAAAAGAAGUCCCACCACUGGAGAAAGAAUAUUUAAUGCUCUGAGAUCGGUAACUUCGCAAAGUUACAUCGACGCUUCAGAGUUCUAUAACUCUGUUUUAUCAACAGCACAACAGGUGCAAAAUUUUCCAUUUACAUCUGACGAUCAUGAUCAAGCUGUAAAUACCGAAACUCUUGAUUCUUUGGAUCAUAUGCAAGACAUAAUUGAUAGUCAAACUGAAGCAAAUAGUAGUGACACUUUAAAACGAGGAUCGGAUCUUUACAGUCCUGAACUUAAUUUGGAAGCACAAAGAACAGCACAAGAGGUUUACAAUAGUUUGCAAGAUCCUCCGUCAUCUCCAUUGCUUCUUAGAGACUUAAGUCAAGAUCAACAUCCCUAUUUAACAGAUCCCAGCUUUACAAGAACAUCAGAGGAUAUUUUUAAUAGUUUAGAGCAAAGAAGAAAAAGUAUGGAGAGGUUAAAUGGUGUGCAGGAAUAUAUUGAAUUAGAAACAAAUGAACUAUCAAGGAGGAAAAGUAGUCAUGAUCAUUAUGCAGCUUUGGAAGAAGUUCAAAUGAAGCGACGAUUGUCUCAGAGUUUGGACGAAUCGUAUUUGGGAUAUAUGGUGGGAGACUUCAUGGACUUGGGACUUGGCAUUCGACGUAGUUCCUUGCCUGAACCAGAACCUCCUCCUGAUAUAGCCACCCUUCAACGAGCAGUUAGUUUUGAAAGUGUUUGUUCUGAUACGAGUGUAACUUUAGGAGAUUUAGAUGAAGCUCCAAUUGUUGGUCACGUUUGUGUUGGACUGGAACAUGAAAGGUGGAGCGGUCGAGGAGAAGGUGAUCUAAUUGUAAGCGUACUAGAAGCCAGAGACUUAGUUACUGCUGAUGGUCAACCUGCACAGGAUACUUUUGCUAGGGUAUGCUUAUUACCAGAUAGACAAACACAUGUUCAAACAAGACUUUACCGAGGUUCUCCAUCACCGAGUUAUCAGGAGAAAUUUAUAUUUUCUUUAGAAGGAGGUCCUGUGGGAAGAACACUUCUAGUAGAGAUUUUUACGUUAGAAAUGGGAUUGGCGGGAGAGGCGUAUCUUUUAGGAGAGUCAAAUCUAAGAUUAGGACCAGCUCCUAGACCACCUGCUACUACGUGGUUGCCGCUUAUAAGUCCUGCAUUACCUGUUCCACAAUUAGGAGAGCUUUUGUUCUCCUUAAGUUAUCUACCUACAGCAGAACGACUAACUCUCGUCGUUGUGAAAGCAAGAAAUCUUCGAGGAACUGGAACUUUGGAUGUAACAAAAGCGGGCGAUAUAAUACCUGGUGAUUUUUUUGUAAAGGUAUAUUUAUUGCAAGAAGGAAAAAAAGUACAUAAAAAGAGAACAUCAAUCAAAAAAGGAGAAAAGAGUCCUAUUUUCAAUGAGGCAAUCAUUUUUAGUGUGCCCGCACAUGCUUUGCAGACCGUUCAGUUAAGGCUGACUGUAGCGGAAGUAACAGGAGAUCAAGGCACAAAUGGGAAAUUUUCUGUUGGUCACGUUAUCGUGGGAUCAACAACAUCUGGAAGAGCAUUGGCACACUGGCGACAAAUGUUAGCAGCUCUGAGACGUCCAGUUGCUAUGUGGCAUCCUCUCCGAAAAUAAACAUUUUCCUAAAUUUAUUACUAUAAUAAAGUACUAGUGCUCUUGUCUGUGACAAUUUACAAAAUUGCUCCCAAUCUAUUACUUUUCUGAGGAAUUUCUUGAUUUGAAAGUACUUUAAUUGAAAAUUGAUAAUUUUUAACAAUAAUGAUUAAAGUUCAAAGUUGAUCUGAUAAUUUUUAUUAUAUUUUUCACCACUAUUAUUUAUCCUCGUUAUUCCGUAAAGAAUUAACAUAAUCGAAGAGUAUUAUCUACGAUCAAUAUAUGAGGUAUUCCCUGUAAAAAAAGUUAGCAAAAAAAUAAAAUUCUAUUUAUUUUGAUUUUUAUUAUAUUAUUUUCAAAGAAUUUUAUUUUUCGGGUGUUUCUUUUUCCAGAAAAUGCGUCAUAUGUAUAUGUACUUUUUAAUAUUCAAUUUUUACGGAAAAACGAUAAACAAUUAUAUUUUACUAUUUAAGUAAUUUGAAUUACAAGCCACAAGUUUCGAUGUUAACAAUCAUAGACUGAAAAUUAAUUAAUAAACCUGUAUAAAAAAAUAAGAGUUAGUGGCGAAAUGAAUGGUUAAUAAAAAAUAAACUAUAUAUAUUUAAGAAAUAUUAAAAAGAUUCGUAAAGUUAAUAAUUUAAUUUUUUUUUGACUAAUUGCGCGGUCACAGUUUUUGCAUGCAAAGUCUAUGAAAAAGUUGAUUGGUUGGAUUUAAUAAAAAAAACUAGUUUUUCUACUGGAAGUAACCAAUCAAGAUCUGCAUAAAUGCUUGCAGUGCUCUGACCGCACUUUAAAGUUGCGUUACAAAAAGAUAAUUAUUUUUUAUAAUAGAAAAAUAGGAGGGUAAAAUUCGUUCGCCCAAGUAGCACGUAAUAUUACUGUAAUAUUAAAAAUGUAAAAUUAUUUUUUCGAUUUUGAAAGAUAGGUAAAAGUAAAAAACUUUUAUUUAAGACAAUGUUUCGGUAGCCAGGUUCGCUACCAUCAUAAAUAUAUAUAUAUAUAUAUAUAUAUAUAUAUAUAAG